AUGUGGAUGUUGCCGGCUGGUUGCGUCCUCUUAAAUGACUGUGGAGCUGGCCCUAAUAAGCAAUCAGCCGUUACAGCAUUCAUGUUCGCUCUUAUUACAUGCAGUGUGAUAUGUCUUGCAGGCUUGCCUAAUACUAGGACUAAUUAUAGAAAAUACCCGGCCACAAAGUCCGGAACCAAUGUAUGGGUGGGAGGGCCACUAGAGCCUACAAGGCAUCUUUCCCGUGUGGAGUCGACUAGAUGUGAAAUGUCUCAUGUUGCCCGAUCACCCAAGCGACUCACCCCGGUCGAUCUAGAGAAAAAGAGGGGUAACAGGGCACGGAGUAAAAUUGUAGAUGUCCUGAAAGUGGAUGUGGCCAAUUCAUGGGGUGGGAUAGGCACUACUGGAGCUAUUACUGAAAAUGUACAAGUGCGUGCACGAAUCGAUGCAACCAUACUCCGUACGGACGAUCACUUCCCAGCCUUGCAGGGCUAUACCGCACCGAAUUGCAGGAUGCGAGUGAGUGAGCCGUCACGCGAGGCUAACCGAGCUGCAGAUACGGAGUAUAUCUCUCCUGACAACUCAUAG